AUGAAAACUCCCAAGUCAUCAGAUAGUGAAGAAGUAACACCAUCAAAAAAAGUUUUGAAACAAGCUCGUCUUCCAUUUAAGUUAUUAAGUGAAGUAUCUCCAAAACCAGUGACUCCACCAUCUAGGAAGCGAAAGCUAUCUGUUCCUGACCCGGAACCAGUCUCAAAAAUUGGUAAAAUUGCAAAUGAUAAGGAAAUAUGUGAUGAAGCAGUAAUAAUAAGUGACGAUGAUAGUAAGGAGGCUGUACAGAAUUCAAAACCUCCAAAAUCUCUCAAUCCAUUGGUGAAAUUAGUAGAUAUUGCCAGGAAAAAAAAGCUACAGAAAUCGAAAAGUUCCAAAAAAAGGAAAAACACUCCAAAAAAACCAGCUAAUGGUUCUUCAGAAAAUCAUGAGAAUGGUAAUAAUGAAAACGCCGAUAAAAUUGAAAAGGAGGAAGCUAUGGAGGUUGAUGUUGAGGUAGAAACUGAAUCAAAAAAUCAAGAUGAAGAAAAUGCAUCCAGUAACAAUGAUGUUACUGUAGAAAAAGAUGUUGAUAGUACUGAAAAUGAUGAAGACAGUGAUAAAAUUUCAAAGGGUAUUGAAGACAAUGAGUCUUCUAUAUCUACUUCAAAAGAUGACCAUAUUUCAGACGAAAUUAGCAAUGAUGUAUCAAUAAUAGAGACUACCAGUGAAAAUAAAUCUAAAUUAAGUGUAACACCUAAAAGAAGUGUGAGAAACAAAUCAAAACCGGACGAUAAUCUGAAUACUUCUAAAAUCAGUAACUGUGAUGAAUCAUUAACUUCACCGUCAACUCCGCGACGAUCAGGAAGGAAUAUAUCAAUGAAUAGCCAAGGGGACACUUCUACUACUGAAAGUGCUAACACAAGUGUUACACCAAAACAAUUACAGAAAAAGCUUGAAUCUGCUAAAAAGAAAGAAGAACGAGAAAAAGAAAAAUUGGAAAGGGAGAGGAAAAGGCAACAAGAAAAAGAGGAUAGAAUUAAACAAAAGCUAGAGAAAGAAGAACAAAGGAAAAAGGAAAGAGAGGAAAAGGAAGAGGCUAAACGAAAGGAAAGAGAAGAAAAGGAGGAACAAAGAAGAAAAGAGAAGGAAGAAAAAGAGAAACAAAGGGAACUUGAAAAAAAGAUGAAAGAAGAAAAAGAAGAACAAAAACGUAAAGAAAAGGAGGAAAAGGAAGAACAAAGGAAAAGGGAGAAGGAAGCAAAAGAGGAAGAGAAAAGAAAACGACAGGAACUUUUAGAACAGGAAAAAUUGGAACAGGAACAGAAAAAGAAAAAAGCAGCAGAGGCUUUCGCCAGCUUUUUUGUUGCAAAGCAAAAGAGUGAAAAGGAUCAAGUCACUAUAGGACCCAUGAGAAAUAACAUGUUGUCGAGUUUCACAAUAAAGUCUGAUAUGAGAUUAGCGCCGAUUGUAAGAAUUCAGUUACAAGAAGAUUCAAAAAAGGAAUUGGAUGACUUUCUUGGCAAUCAAAAUGUUCCAGAAAGUUCUUUAUAUUUGAAAAAAUUGAAGGAAAGGAAGCCUUUAUCAAGUGGAAAAACUUGGCCUCCCUGUGAUAAAAAUGAUGAUGAUGAUGUUAUGAUAGUUGAGGAUGAAUUACCACCAGCAGAUGGCAUCGGUGAGAUACUUUCAUGUGAACCAGUUAUUCAAGAGAAACUUCGUCCUAAACUACUUUCAUUCCACGAAAACAGACGUCCACCUUACUGGGGUACCUGGAGGAAGAAGAGUGCAUCAAUUAAUCCAAGGAGACCUUUUAAAACUGAUAAUAAACUAUUGGACUAUGAAGUGGAUAGUGAUGAAGAAUGGGAGGAGGAACAAGAAGGAGAGAGUAUUGAUGGCAGUGCAGCGGGCAGUGAUGAUGAACAGGAAGCAGAUGAAUAUGAAGUAGACAAUGAAGUGUUUGUACCACAUGGCUACUUGAGUGAUGAGGAGGCAACAAUGGACGAAGACGAUGUACUCUCACUCUCGCCUGAAGCACAAAAAGCGAAAUUGAAGUAUCUAGAAGACGAAUUUGAGUCUGAAAUGAAAAAGCCAAUGGAAAAAUUGAAACCCAGGUUAUAUGGGCUGUUGUGGGAGAAACCGGAAGGAGGAAAACCUGAAAACUGCGCUGAAGCUCUAUGGAAUUAUAUUUCGAAGUUCUCAAUGAUAAUCGAUCCAUCCCCAGUAUUACAACCAGCACCAGAAGUUGAAGAACCCGAAAAGAAAAAGACCAAAAAGAAAAAGAAUCCCGAAGGAGAAAACCAGAGUCCUAAAACAGAUAAAAAGAAAAAGUCCAAAAAUGACGAUAAAGAUGCAAAGAACACUAAAAAUGAGGCCAAAAAGACUGUGACAGAUCCAAAAAAGAAUCAGCCCGGCAUAAAUUACUUUCUGUCAAAAUUAAAGACUUCAUGA